AUGCGAUUAUUUUUGCCAUAUACCUUCCUUCACGCCUUCACCUUUCUCGCGUACACAUUCCUCUUUUUGGCGUAUCGAACAUAUCUAAAUCCGCCCGAGCCAACAUACUCGGCGGCCGGGGGAUUCAUUUUUUGUCAAAUGUAUUUCACUGCGAUUUCUCCGUGGAUAAUCUAUUGGAUUAUUGUGAUAAGCGAGGAAAAUCGAAUGGUUCGCACGAAGCGUUUGAUGCAGGAAGAGAAACAGGCAAAUGAUCUCUAUUUCAACAGCUAUCGAUCACAAUGGAAAUGCGAGAGUCGAAAAUCCCAUUCAAACAAUUUCUUCAUUGCUUAUUUUAUGAAAAUCAGCGAGAAAGUCGUAUUCACGUCACGGGUCGCACCCAUCGGA